CUUGGAACUGCAUGACUUUAUGCACACGGUUUUAUUUCAAAGGACAUUAUGUAGCUUGUGCGCCGGACACGAACAAGGCGCACUUGUGCUGAGAAAGCAGAUACGUCCCACAGCCUUCGCAGCUUCCGGGGGCGGCGGGUGAUGAGAAGCAUCUGCUUGUCCGGUUUGCCGCAAAUCCAUCGACAUACCAUGCUAUACCCGAGACAGUUGUACUUAGUGCAUGCAGUAUUCAAUUUGUAGGCUCCACGAACGUUCAGUACCUGCAUGGAAGUUGAACUGCAGCGAGGCCACUGCAUCCGCCGUCUCCGCUUCCCAUCCGUUCCCACAGCUUGCGUGUACGAAAGCUCGGCGCUGGCGCAACAGUAGUAACUAUGCCGCAACCUAUAGACUUGGCUCGGGUGGACUCACCUAUAGACGUAGCAGGCUUGUGGCUGUAUGGCGCCAUGAUGGCUGUGCUUCCGGACUUCACUCCUCCAAGAAGACACGAUCCCACCUUCAUAGAUUCUGAAGACACUGUUGUGGUUGUCUGAGCAUGUUGCGUCGCCGACCUCUUGUGUGGGAUCGCUGGCGUCACCACAACAGAUUCCCAAGUUCGUCCUAAUAAGGUGCAGAAGCGUCAUAAUAACCGUGACCGUGAUGCUGUUGUAUUACUGUCUUUGUGACCAAUUCAGUUCAUAACAUCAAUCGCCAUUUCCCUAGUGAUUGUGGCAAGAUUAGACCCUUCACAGCA